GUGACGGCAAUAACUAUGGAAUUAUUUUUUUCUGUAAUGCUUAUAUUAGCGUCUGUGCGUUCGGAAGAACCAGCUUGGUAUCAUUCAGGUGUAAACGUUGCACUCGGAAAACCUACCCGCCAAUUUCCGGAUACAUUUGAGGGUCAACAAGCAUCACUUGCAGUUGAUGGAAACAUAACGAACAGCCCGCAAAGUGCUCCAUGCGCUCACACAACCAAGCCGUCUUAUGGAAAUUACGCAUUUUGGAAUGUGGACCUCCAGGGUACUUACAAUAUAUCAGGAAUCAGAAUAUAUAACAGAGACAACGCCGUACGUGAACGCCUAUACGGAUUGAUGAUUUUGACCUAUUUAAAGGGACAUCCGAAAACAGUGUUUCAAGACAAUGAAACGCACAUUUCAAAUUGCACAGAUUACCAUGACCAAAACGAUAAACCUCUGGUAUGUAAGGAUACAAUAGAUGUCACAUUGCAACCUCCCGUUCUAGCUACAGAGGUCAGAUUGCAGACAAGAAAUUACCUGACACUCUGUGAGGUACAAAUUAUAGCAGUCGCCUGCACACACCCAAAUGUUUCACAUGGAAGAACGAAUACCACGGCUAAGUCCUUACCUGGUACGACUAUACACAUACAAUGUGAUGCGGGCUAUUUAACAAACACAACGACCUCAACAUGCACUGAGCAAGUUUACCCCACGGUUUCUAUUACUAUGAACACAAGCAAUAUUAUAGCGGUUCAAAACCAUUCGGAAGCGUAA